UACAGUAUGCACUUUUGUCAAAAUACCAGUCUCUUUAAGAGAGCUACAAGCAACCAGUAUAAAACACGAGACCGGAGUAUAAACGGGAUUUAAAGAAAAAGGAAAGGCGACCUAUAAACAAGGCUGAGGAUCUGUUCUUUUCAAUUGGGCAAGACUAGUUUUGUUUUUGGUAAUGGAUUCCAAGGCUUUAGCAAAAUCCAAGAGGGCACACUCUCAACACCACACUAAAAAGUACCACUCGAAUCAGAAAGCAAAGCCCCAAGCAGGUGGAGCCAAGGGGAAGCAAAUCCCAACAAACUGGGAUCGUUACGAGGAAGAAUUCGAUUUGGGUUCUGAAGGUGGUGCCUCCGACAUUGUUUUGCCCAAGAGUAAAGGUGCAGAUUAUAGUCAUCUCAUUGCUGAGGCACAGUCUCAGUCUCAAUUUGACGAUGUUCUGUCUGGGGAGUGGAAUAAGGGGAUUGGGUCUAUGCUUUCGGCCAGGGGAGACAGCAUUCUAUCAUGGAUUGGAGAUGAUAAUUUUGUUGUGGAUGAUAAGGCAGCUCCAAAUCACGAGGUAUCAUUUCUUUCCUUGAAUUUGCAUUCCCUUGCAGAACAACUGGACAAAGUGGACUUAUCACAGAGGCUUUACAUUGAGGCAGACCUAUUGCCUCCAGAACUGAAUGCGGAAGGUUUAGAGUCUACUAGCAGUCGGUCUGCUGAUCAGGUGGAAGCAACAUUAGUUAACAAAGGAGCCAGAGUAAUAUCCGAAGAAUCAACCUGUGGUGAGUUUCCCGACAAGAGCGACAUAGCAGAUCAAGAUAUUGAGAUUAUGAUAUCGAAUUCUCCUGACAUUGAUUGUCUAGACCCAAAUUUGUCUAACAUGGGAUCAAUUUCAGUCAACCAAGUUGAUGUUGAUCUGAGUAAACUUGAAAAAUCCACCAAUCAAAGGAAACCACCAGAGUUGAGUGUGAAACCUUUGGCAGGCGUUCCAAACAAGAAUGUUGCCACAUUUAAGGCAGCAACUGCAGAGGAAGAACUGGAUAUGCUUCUUGACUCAUUUAGUGAGACCAAGAUAAAUGAUUCAUCUGGUUUCAGGUUUGUACAGGAAGAAGAUUCUGUGCCUCCACUUCAACUUCCUAGAAAAGGUACAGAUUCAUCAAAGCUGAUGGCUGCCAACCUUGAUGAUGCGCUUGAUGACUUGAUAAAUGAAAUAUCCAUUCCAAUCAACCAAAGUGGUCUAUCUCACCCCCAAGAAAAAAUGGCCGUGCAUGAUUUUGAAUCUUCCUCUCGUACUAUGUCAAAGUCCAAAGAACUGGAUGAUUUUGAUUCAUGGUUGGAUACAGUUUGAUCAGUUGUAACCUAGAGAUCCAUAAUAGCUUGUUGUUUUCCAAUAGCUUUUAUAUCACUCAUAGCUCCAAAGAGUAGAAAAACAAUCAUUUGAUUUCUAAAUUAGUUUGAAAUCUAAGAAUUGCCUAAAUGGAGUAUCCAAAUUCAUAGUUUUCCUUCUGGGAAUGAGGAUGGCCAUGGUAUCCUGU